AUGUGCCUUGAUGAACUCCAAGAAGCAUAUUCUGCCUUGUCUGAAAGGAGCCCGGUAAUCAUCCUAGGCGACUUUAAUGCAAAGAUUGCAGGCCCAAGAGCAAACGUUAACCUUGACCAAAGAGCUAGCAUGCUCGGGGAGCUCUUGUCAGAAAAUUCACUAAUCUCUAUCAACAUGCAGAGCUUCUGCACAGGCCCAGUGAAUACCUUCUAUGCAUAUACAGGAGGCCCCCAGACACCAAUUGACCACAUCGUAGUACCAACUGAGCUUAUGUAUAUCAUCCACUCGGCAGAAGUGAUUGAUGAUAAUCCACUCAACGUUUCCGACCAUCACCCAGUUGUAUGCCUUCUUGCAAUUGACCUACCUAGUCAACCAGCUGCAAAUCCUCCUAUACGUAGACCAGCUUGGAACAAAGCCCUCCAGAACGGCUCAAUCAAGGACUACACACAUGCAGUCUCUAACUCCCUCUGGGGUAAGCAGCUGCCAGCUCUAGACUGUGACAGGGAAGAUAUUGAACACCUUACUGAUAUAAUUACUAUGGCCCUCACUAUGGCUGCGUCUGACUGUCUUCCAGUGAGACAUUUCAGGCGUUAUCUAAGACCAUACUGGAAGGAACAAGUGAAAGACUUCCACGACCUGAUGUUAUCUUACAGACACAAAUGGAUUCUAGAUGGGAGACCUAGAGGCAUGACUUACACUAGCUUCCGUGACUACAAGAAAUCCAAAGACAAAUUUCGAGCUGCUAUGAAAGAAGCUGCAGCACUUUAUGAAACAGAGCACUUCAACAAUCUUGAUAAACUAUAUGACAUUGACCAGAAAACAUUCUGGGCUCUCCUCAACAACAGAAACAAGAAAUCACACAUUUCAACCAUAAGUGUAUCAGGGAACCAUACCACAGAUUCCUUGGAAAUCUGCCAUGCACUCGCUGACCACAUGAAGACUAUAUUCAGCAAAGGGGUAGAUGAUCACUUUGACCAGAACUUUAAAGACCAUCUAGAAGGCAGAGUUGCUGAACUAAAACAUUGUACCUCUAACAAGAUAAUCGACGUCAAGUGCCUUCUGACCUCUCAGUCUGAGGUAAGCAAGCUUUGCAAAUCUCUGAAAAACAACAAGGCCUGUGGUUUUGAUGGAAUCUACUAUGAACACUUGAAACAUGGAGGCUCAACUCUUCAUUAUUAUCUUUCUGAAUUAUUCAACAGAAUAAUCACUACAGGUUCUAUCCCAUCCCAGUGGAAGAAAGGUAUCAUCAUCCCAAUCUUCAAAGGCGGAGGCAAACCAAGGACGUCCCCAGAUUCAUAUAGAGGAGUGACUUUGUUGCCUGUUAUGUCAAAACUUUUCGAACAGGUCAUAGCGAACCGGAUCCCACAAUUCCAAGACUCCACGGAUUUCCUGAUCCUCUGCAAUGCGGCUUCCAGAAAAGCCUCUCGUCGUCUCUUCAUGCAUCAUUCCUCCUUCAGGAGACAGUCUACCACUACAAGGAACGGAAUGACUCUCUGA